AUGCCGCAUCCCGGCCACCGCUCUUUUUCCCUUCCUUCGUGCUUCAGUACCACCGCCGCCUCCGCCCCCAAGACGGUCCUUUCCGCCAAUCCUGAUCUCACCACCUCCCUCUAUCAAACUCAACAAGGCCUCUUUGGCCUCACCUGGUCCAAAGGCCCAUUCGGCACUCGUUCCCUCCACAUCUACCUCCUCCUCGACUACCACCACCUUUCUUUUCCACCGUCCCCUUCCUUCCACCUUCAAUUCAAUCCGCGCUUUACCUUCUGGAAGAAACGAGGAUCCAAAACACUUGUUGGUCUUCCAAAUACUAGCUCUACUACUGCUCGGGUGUUCUGGGAUCUUUCCCGGGCCAAAUUCGGAUCGAGACCCGACCCCGCAUCCGGUUAUUACGUCGCAAUUUUGAUCGGGGGAGAAAUGACGCUCCUUGUUGGGGAAGAGCUGCUACCGCUAUGCCAACUCCCAAGGAGCAUCGCCAGCGGCGGAGGAGGAGCUAGGCCAACUCCUAAGGAGACGGCGGCUGCCGAGAUCAGAAACCAAGUAAUGGUUUUGAGAAGAGAGCACGUUUAUGGCAACAAGAAAAGAUUAUAUUACACCACCAGAGCUAAUAUUGGAGGGGGCGAACAAGAAAUAGAUGUAUCGAUUGAUUACAGGGCUAUCGGGGGUGAAGGUGGCCCCACGCUGUGCUUUAGCAUCGCCGACAAAAGGGUUCUGCAGGUGAAGCAUCUGAAGUGGAAGUUCAGAGGAAACGAAAGGGUUGAAGGUGACGAUGGGAUCCCCCCUGUUCAGGUGUCUUGGGACGUGUACAACUGGUUAUUCGUCCAAGACGACGAUCAUGAGCUUACGAAUGGCUAUGCUCUGUUCAUGUUCAAAUUUGAGAGAAAACCGGGAGGUUUAAUUACGGAGGAGGAGGAGGAGGAGGAUGCUCAUCAUCAUCAUGACUAUUCCUACUACGACUUCCUCACCAACAGCGGCAAUUUGAAGAAGAAUGAGGUGGAGAAAAAUAAGACGUUGCAACAAGACUGCGGGGGUCUAAAUUUAAUUGGGUUUGAGACGAAGAAGAAGAAGAAGACGACGACGACGAUGAUGAUGAAAAAGGGGUUCAAGAUGAGAUCGGGAAGGAGCUGGUCUUCGUCGUCUCUGUCCUCUGUCUCCUCCUCCUCGAAUUCUACUUCUUCCGUGAUGGAAUGGGCGAGCGUGGAAGAGAAUGAGCUCAAGGGGGGUCCUUGUGGCUUUUCGCUUGUGGUCUAUGCUUGGAAUUAG